AUGCGUCUCGAGUUAGACACUGCACGACAGGUCGUGCUGAAUGCUGCGGAUACCACGGACCUCCUGGGAAACAGGGCCGGAAAGAGGGCCAUUGCGCAGUGUAAGAUCUUGGUUCCCAUGGUGGCCACUAAGAUCAUCGAUGAAUGCAUGCAAAUGUAUGGGGGCCAGGGCUUGACGCAACAUACGCCAUUCCCCGAGAUGUGGACGUACGCGAGAUUUGUAAGGAUUGCCGACGGUCCCGAUGCGUCUCAUCGACAUCAGUAG